GGUGCUCGGACGGCUUCUCCUCCUCCUCCUCCUCCUCCUCCUGCUCCUCCUCCUGCUCCUCCGGCUCGUCCAGCUCCAGCUCCCGCUCCUCCGCCCCGAGAGACCGACGCCCGCUGAGUCGUGCGCCAGCGCCGAGGCAGCGUCGCCGCGCCCCAUCCCGUCCCGCCGGGCACUCGGAGGGCAGCGCGCGGAGGCCAAAGUUGCCCCGCACGGCCGGGCGGGCGAGCUCGGGCUGCAGCAGCCCCGCCGGCGGCGCGCACGGCAACUUUGGAGAGGCGAGCACCAGCCCCGGCAGCGGCGGCGGCAGCGGCGAUGACUCUCUGGCUCGGGCUCGUCGUGCUCCUGGGCAGCUGGAGCCUGGGGGACUGGGGCGCCGAGGCGUGCACAUGCUCGCCCAGCCACCCCCAGGACGCCUUCUGCAACUCCGACAUCGUGAUCCGGGCCAAGGUGGUGGGGAAGAAGCUGGUGAAGGAGGGGCCCUUUGGCACGCUGGUCUACACCAUCAAGCAGAUGAAGAUGUACCGAGGCUUCACCAAGAUGCCCCACGUGCAGUACAUCCACACGGAAGCUUCCGAGAGUCUCUGUGGCCUUAAGCUGGAGGUCAACAAGUACCAGUACCUGCUGACAGGCCGCGUCUAUGACGGCAAGAUGUACACGGGGCUGUGCAACUUCGUGGAGCGGUGGGACCAGCUCACCCUCUCCCAGCGCAAGGGCCUGAACUAUCGGUAUCACCUGGGCUGUAACUGCAAGAUCAAGUCCUGCUACUACCUGCCUUGCUUUGUCACCUCCAAGAAUGAGUGUCUCUGGACCGACAUGCUCUCCAACUUCGGCUACCCUGGCUACCAGUCCAAACACUACGCUUGCAUCCGGCAGAAGGGCGGCUACUGCAGCUGGUACCGAGGAUGGGCCCCCCCGGACAAAAGCAUCAUCAACGCCACAGACCCCUGAGUGCCAGACCCUGCCCACCUCACUUCCCUCCCUUCCCGCUGAGCUUCCCUCGGACACUAACUCUUCCCAGAUGAUGACAAUGAAAUUAGUGCCUGUUUUCUUGCAAAUUUAGCACUUCGAACACUUAAAGAAAAGUCUAUGCUGUCAUAUGGGGUUUAUUUGGAACUAUCCUCCUGGCCCCACCCUACCCAUUCUUUUUGGUUUUGACAUCACCCAUUUCCACCUGGGAAUUUCUGGUGCCAAGCCAGAAAGAACGAGGUAUGCAUACUCCUUCUUCUUCGUGAUAAUAUAAUCUCUAUUUUUUUAGGAAAACAAAAAGCGAAAAACUACCCCCUUCGGGCAUUGUAAUACCUACCCCUCUUUCUUCUUCCUCACCCCCCUCUCCCCUCUGCCCUUCUCCUCCAUCCCAGUACUUAAAGGACCCAGACAAGGAAGCUGCUGAGAGGCCAGCUGUUUCAGGAUCAGUCAGGGGCAGCACGCAGACAGACUCGAGGUGUGUGAAGGAAAGAUCUUGUGCACCGGGGAGCUGCUACUGCACGUCCCAAGCAGGCUGUGUCUAUCUGUGUCUGCAUGUCAGAGUGAGGGAGGGAAGGAAGGAACCGCCAGAGGGGGUCGGAGAUGACACAGCAAGCACACAGUUUCCCCAGCCCGGUGAUGCUUGGGUUGACCAGGUAUUUCUGGGUCUGGAGCAAGCAGCCCAGGCCUUGCUAACAGAGCUUUCUUAGUUGGUGAAGACUGAAACACCUGCCUGAGGUCAGGAGGCAAUCUGCCUCCCUUGUACAAAAGCUCAGGUGAAAGACUGAGAUGAAUGUCUUUCCUCUCCCCGCCUCCCACAAGAUUUCCUCCUGGAAACCUCUUUGGUAGAUGUGGCCGGGAGCUUGCCUUUAUGUAAAUGGGAGAAGUACACGCACCAUACACUAUCCACAGAUAUAGCCAAGUAGAUUUGGGUAGAGAAUACUCUUUCCAAAGUAGUGUUUAGCUCACCUAGGGGGAUGUGUUUGUAUACACAUCUGCAUAUACCCACACGGGGACAUAAGCUAAUUUUGUUUUUUUAUAGGACACAGAAUUCUGUUCAAUGCUGUUAAAUACGCCAAUAGUUUAAUCUCUUCUAUUUUGUUGUCGUUGCUUGUUUGAAGAACAUCAUGACAUUCCAAGUUGACUUUUUUUUUUUCAUUGUAAUUAAAAUUUGAAAUUCUGAACACCCUUGGCACCCUGUCUUCCCCAUAAGUGGGGUCACCUGACCUCCGUCCCUGUCCUCUUCUCCUGCUUCCUGUUUGGGGCCUUCAUUUAACUGCCUUACUGGCUGGCUUGGCUCAGAUAGCAGAUGAGAGUCGGUUUGGGUUGCGGGUCUGGGUACAGAGGGGACAGCUGCAGAGUGCCCUGCCGUGGCUAGAUGGCCACCGCUCCUGGGUUUGGAGACAGCUUGUUCCCCGUUCCCCAGCUCACUGGUGGGCAAAUGCCGCCUCCUGAGGUCCUCACCUCAUGGAACUGAAAUAGUCGGCCACUAGGGAAGCCUGACUCUGCAAUCAGCUAUAAGGUUUUUGUUGUGUUUUAUGAAAUAAAACUAUAAUAUAAACUCUCUUAUUAAAUGAAAUUAUUUUAAGUUUUAGUGUCAAAAGUGAGGUGCCAAGAGUGGGCGAUAAUGUAUAUUUUACAGAGCUGGAGAUGGUCGGAUGGGGUCAUUUAACAUGACUGCUCUCUGUCUCUUUUUUCAGAUUACGGGGGUUUUCAUCCUCUGUUAGCAUUCAUAUCUCCAGCUCAUUCCACUUUAGGACACAGAGCUGCCAAUUGAAACAGGAGAAGAGAAAAAAGAGACGUAGCCAACACAUUGUAGCGUCUUGCGCGCACACAAAUGCCCAGGCACGGUGUUUGGCAGAACCCCAGAGCAGGAAGGCAGCGCAGGCGUCAGGCUUAGGAUCGACUGCGUCCCCUUGUGCCUGUCCCCUUGUGGUCAUGCCAUUUGGCAGAGCGGGAGAUGGGAGCAGAGGGAGCUGAGGCCAGCAGGCCAGUGGUUUUAAGGGGAUGAGCCCAGACUUGGUGUUUUGGGAUUGUCUUUAUUCCAACCUCAAAGUCUCGCAAGGUGGAGUCCCUGCCCAGCCCGUGCAAGUGCCCUCCCGCAAGUGGACGCCGGCAUCUCCUCUGUGAGGCAUCUGGCUGUUCUCCGUCCCUGGUGCGUGGUCACCCCCACUCACAUAAAGAGGGACUUGGGGUGAAGCCUGAGCACAAGGCACCUGAAGUUUCCCUGCACAGUAGCUAAGUCGGAACCACAGCCCCAUUUGUUAGGCCUUGGUGAGCAGGUCCUGGGCAAAGGAGGGUCUUUUGCAAAGCGAUGUGGUCAGAGGGCGGUUUUUGAGCUUUCUAUAAGCUAUAGCUUUGUUUAUUUCACCUGUUCACUUACUGUAUAAUUUAAAGUCAUUUAUGUAGCUGAGACACUUCCGUAUUUCAAUCAUAUCGUGAACGUUUUAUUUUGCUAAAUCUUGUGUCAUGUGUAGGCUGUAAUAUGUGUACAUUGUGUUUAAGAGAAAAAGAAAAACAGAAACCCACAUGCCGCCAUUUUCCUGAAUCAAAUUCUACAGUGGAAUGGAGAGUAAAAUACUUCUGCGGGGCAGGCGGCUAGACUGGUGACCAGGAGAACCAGAAGGAUCUAGUCACUGAGGCUCCCCCAGCCUCCUCCCUGUUGCGAUCCCCGUGGUUUGAGGCGUAGGAAGAAAGGAGAUGGGAAAAAAUGGAAAGUCUAUUCACAUCCUUGCUCCGUAUCUACUGGCCCUGGGUAGUCUGCUACUCACUCUCAUUCCCUUUCCCCCCAAGACCCUUUGACCACCCAACUGGGAACCCAUGAUUUCUCCAACAAACUCAAGUCCGUGGGAGCUGUGAUUCCAAGUUCUCUUUGCCACCUUUGGGCAUUGCUUCUGCCUCCCAAUCAAGGAAGGCCCACACCCAGGCUCUCGCCUCUCAGGCCAGCGCUCCAACCUGGCCAGGGGAGUUAAGACUAGGAGACCCUCCCCCCGUCCCAGACCUGCCUCCUGGUGGUUGAGCUACAGCCACAGACACCAUUUUUCACACCAUGAUGCUUGGGCAAUUGAAGAAACAAAUGACUUACUGGAAUAGGUCUGUCUAGGAACCACUGGGGCCCCAGGAGAUACUGCCCUUCUCUGCCCUGGCCUUUCCCCUCAUCUCGUGCAUGAUGAGCAACAGUGUGGAUUAUCCCAAGGUGGUACCCAAGUGUUUGGCUCCUGGCUGCCUAAAGUAAAAAUAUCACUAGAGUAUUUUUAUCAGAGAGAAAUAUUAUAAAAAUCUAAUGGCAAAAGCAAAACAAAAUGGGGGAGCGUAAGGCAGGUGGAUAUCAUAUCAACAACUUCCAAAUUGGCUCUUUGGAGGUGAGAGGAAAGGAAGAACUUAGAGAAUGGCUUAUGGUUUGGGGCUGGGGGCAUCUUAGAUUCUCGUGUGCCCCCAACUUUCCCUGUAGCCAGUCUGCUGUCCUGAAACCCAGAAGUGAUGGAGAGAAACCAACCAGAGAAAACCUUGUCUAGAAGGAAUGUAUUUGUUGCUAAAUUUUGUAGCACUGUUUACAGUUUUCCUCCAUGUUAUUUAUGAAUUUUAUAUUCCGUGAAUGUAUAUUGUCUUGUAAUAUUGCAUAAUGUUCACUUUUUAUAGUGUGUCCUUUAUUCUAAACAGUAAAGUGGUUUUAUUUCUAUCACGCA